GGACCCAAAACGGACAAGGACCAAGAACCGUGAAGUGAUUAGAGCGAAACUCGGACGCACUCGCUCAGCUCGCCAGCUGCUGGCCAUCCCUCGCCCGCAGACAUGGCGAGGCGGAGCUGCUCCUGCGUUUUCUAUGCUGCACCGUUCUUGUGGGCACUCCUCCUCAGGCCAGCCAUUGGCUAUGCCAAGAAGCACAACACUCUGUUCGUGUUCGGUGACUCCCUCUUCGACCCCGGCAACAACCAGUACGUGAACGCCACUCCCGGCGGCGGCGACGUGGCCACUUCCCCGCCUUAUGGAGAGACCUACUUCAAGCACGCCACCGGCCGACUGUCCGACGGUCGCCUCGUCCCCGAUUUCAUCGCUGAGUUUGCUAAGCUGCCCAUUCUUCCGCCGUAUUUGCAACCGGGUACCCAAAAUUUGACUGACGGGGCUAACUUCGCAUCCAGCGGAGGCGCUGUUCUGCCCAGCGAUCAUCCGGGACCGAUUGAUUUGGGAAAGCAACUGGACUACUUCAAGGAAGCGGUGAAAUCACUGAGAGCCAAGUUGGGCGAUGCCGGGGCCAAAAGGGUCCUCAGGAGUGCCGUCUAUCUGUUCAGCAUUGGAGGGAACGACUACUUUCGCCUCUACAGAACUAAACCGAACGUCACUCAAUCGUACCGCCGCGUAUACAUAUCGAUUGUUGUCGGCAAUAUCACAUCAGCUCUCAAGGAAAUUUAUGGGCUCGGAGGACGAAAAAUCGCUUUCCAGAAUGCAGGGCCACUGGGCUGUUUGCCAGCCGUGAGAGCCAGGAGCAAUGGAACUGGCUGCGCGGAGGAACUGCAAGCCCAUGCCAGACUUCACAACCGAGAGCUCGCAAUCACCCUCAGGAAGUUGAAGACACAGUUGCCGGGAUUGGAGUAUUCGAUCUUUGAUUACUACAACUCGCUCAAAGAUCGGAUCUUUAACCCUUCCAAAUAUGGCUUCAAGGACGGGCAGGCGGCGUGUUGUGGCUCUGGGCCUUACCGAGGAUCAAGCUGCGGGGGGAUGCAGAAAUACGAGGUGUGCAGUGACCCGAGCGAGUACAUUUGGUUCGACGGUGGGCACACGACGGAGGCGGCGAAUUACCAGUUGGCACAACUUAUUUGGAGCGCAGCAGCGCCCGUCACAGGGCCUUCCAAUGUGAGGCAAUUCUUCGCGCAUUAUGGGGUGAAUGCUGUUGAGGCGAGUGACUCCCUGCCUUUAGCAUUCGCCACACAAAUGACCAUGCUUCACAUGGACAGUUUCGGCUCACUCUUCCUCACAUUGUCCUUCUGCGCAAUCCUCCUGCUUCCGCUGAGCUGCCGCGCCGAGCUGCCGGAGAACCACGUGGCGUUCUUCAUCUUCGGGGACUCGCUCUUGGAUUCGGGGAACAACAUUUACCUAAACUUCAGUGGCACUCUUAACUUUCCUUAUGGAGAGACCUUCUUCAAGCACCCAACGGGACGAGUCUGCGACGGGAGGAUCGUUCCCGACUUCAUAUCUGAAUAUGCAAAGCUUCCAUACAUCAAACCGUACUUGGAGCCUGGGUUCACCGACUACACUAACGGGGUCAAUUUCGCAUGCGCCGGAGCCGGCGUUCUCCCGGAAACUCAUCCCGGAACUCUAUACUUUAAGCUGCAACUGAACUAUUUCGAGGAGGUAGUGAAGGGGUUGAAGCAACAAUUAGGUGACGCCGGUGCCCGCAAGUUGCUCUCGAAGGCGGUCUAUCUGUUCAGCAUCGGAGGGAACGAUUACAAUGCCAUUCAGAACAAUCCCGAGGCAACUGCAUCUUUCAGGAAAAUGUACAUGACCAUGGUCCUGGGCAAUAUCACGGAGGGGAUCAAACAAGUUUAUGCACUUGGAGGGAGGAAAUUCGCCUUCCAGAACGUCGGGCCGAUCGGGUGCAUGCCGGCCACUCGAGCCGCGUCCGGGUCAGAGGGAUGCGUGCACGACCCGACCGUGAUAGCAAAGAUGCACAACAUAGCCCUGUCGAGACUGCUGAAGAGAAUCAAGCAGGGGCGACCGGGAUUCAAAUACGCCCUGUUUGAUUACUACACUUCCCUCACCAUGAGGACUCUAUAUAGCUCGAAAUUCGGGUUCAGGGUUGGGAUGAGUGCGUGCUGCGGGAGUGGUCCAUUCAACGGGCAAUUCUCAUGUGGGAAAAUGAAUGGCACAACAAGUGUUUACAAUCUGUGUAGCGACCCGAGUGAGUAUGUGUGGUUCGAUGCUGCUCAUCCGACCGAGAUGGCCAACAGGCAACUCGCGUCUCUGCUGUGGGACGGACCCUCUCGCACCGUGGGGCCUUACAAUAUGAAGAUGUUCUUUGAAAUGUCAUAGUAGCUGUUUCAUGUCCUAUGUUACAUCUACAAUUUUCUGAGACCGAGUAAUAAAAGGCAUAGUUUCUCUGCGGUA